CGUCGGAUCGAAAAAUUAAAGUAGCCGCGUUCUGGUUAUUUUAAUUUUUUUUUUUAUUUUUAAUUUUUUUUUUGUACACAACACAUCAGCGCAUCGUGGUACGGAGAACGGAAUAUAACACAAAGGAGGAAUAUUCUUCGUAUUUUCGGUGUAAUCUGAAUAUUAGAAGAAAAAAUAUCAAAUUGGAAAUAUUAUAUAAAUGAAAUUCGUGUUGCUUCUGAUUAUCAUCAUUCUCGUCUACAUGUUUAAUUUUUUGUGAAAUAAAAAAAAAAUAAUUAAUUAAAAGUGAAUAAAAAAAUUAACGAAUGAAAUAAUUAAAAAAAAAAAUUAGAAAAAAAAAUUAAAACUGGAUUACGGGCUUCAAAUUAAAAAAGGCCCAAAAUUUAAAAAAUUAAAAAAAUAAAUUUUUGUAUGAAAUAAGUAGGUGAUAGUCUCCAGAACGAAAUCUGGGGCGUGCAAAUAAUGGCCACCCCUUUAAAACGACUUAGAAUAGUAACGACAACAGCAUUAUUAGCUUUUUUAAUUGUCAACACAGAGGGUCAAUUAUGGCAAGGUUUGACGGGCGCCAUCGGCUAUUUGGGACCAUCGGAUUCACGGCGGGCGGAUUAUAACAGACAGCCCGAAAUCGAUCCGAGUUACGAGUUAAUUGACACAGUGCGUGGCGCUCAGGGGCCUCCGCAGAAGAAUUGCACGGCGUCGCAAGGUUGCUGUCAGCCAAAAUGUUUUGCGGAAAAGGGAAAUCGUGGUUUGCCUGGAUUGCCGGGAUUACAAGGACCUAAAGGUCAACGUGGCUUUCCCGGAAAUGAAGGUUUGCCGGGCCCGAAAGGCACGAAGGGAGAUGCAGGCCCAAUUGGACCUCGAGGACCGAAGGGAGAUCGCGGAAGAAGCGGAUCUCCUGGAUUUCCGGGAACUGCAGGACAACCAGGUAUUCCGGGACAACCUGGAUUGCCGGGUAUUUCGGGUGUUGAUGGUUGCAAUGGUACUGACGGUUUGCCUGGAUUGCCAGGACUUCAAGGAAUUCCCGGCCCACGUGGUUUCCCUGGCGCUCCUGGAGACAAGGGAGACAAAGGAGAACCUGCUCUCGACCCGAAUCCGAUCUUUUUGAAGGGACAAAAGGGAGAACGAGGCGCCGAUGGAACUCCCGGUAUUCCCGGACAAGUUGGAGAAGUUGGGCCCCGAGGACCAAAAGGAGAUCGCGGAUCUGAUGGAAGACCUGGAUUGCAAGGACCUCGAGGAGAUCCCGGAAUUAAGGGAGAAUGUUAUCACGGAGCUACGGGACAAAAGGGAGAGAAGGGCGAACCCGAUUACGGAGAACAUAAUCUCUCGCCAUCGGAAAGUAUCGGACCGAAAGGAGAAGCAGGUGAACGUGGUUACACUGGCGACAAGGGAGAACCUGGACUUCAUGGAUCUCCUGGAAAUCCCGGAGCUGAUGGAUUUGACGGACCUAAAGGAGAAAAAGGUUUGCCCGGACAACCUGGACCAAGAGGACGUGAUGGUGCUUUUGGACCUCCGGGACCUGUUGGGCAAAAAGGAGAUCGCGGAAAUGAAGGUCUUCCUGGAUUAGAUGGAAAACCAGGACAAAAAGGAGAGCCAGGACGUGACGGAGAAAGAGGUUUCCCUGGAUUGCCAGGCCCAACAGGACCUCCAGGCGGCGGAAAAGGACGUCCCGGACCUCCAGGACCUGAAGGACCUCGUGGAUUCAGAGGACCUCCAGGACCAAAAGGAUUAGAUGGAUAUCCAGGAGAACCGGGACCAAGAGGAUUCCCCGGACCAAAAGGAGGUCAAGGAAUUCCCGGAAGACCAGGACCUGAAGGUCUUGCAGGCGAAAAGGGAGCAAAAGGAGAAUCUGGAUUGCCUGGUAUGCCGGGACAACAAGGACCUCGCGGAUAUCCAGGGCUUCCAGGACCUGAAGGACAACGCGGAGAGCCUGGAUUGCCAGGAAUUGGGCUUAUGGGACCAAAAGGAGAUGCUGGCGUGCCCGGAUAUCCCGGAUUGAAGGGAAAUAAGGGAGAACGUGGAUUCCCUGGUAUUAUGGGAGCUCCAGGAGACUCACGCGACGGAAAACCUGGAUUGCCAGGAAUUCCCGGAAGAAUUGGCGAAAAAGGAGAAGCAGGACGUCCCGGAAUUCCCGGAGAAAAGGGAGAUGUUGGCGCAAAGGGAGAUAUUGGAGGACGUUGUUCUGAUUGUCGACCAGGAUUCAAGGGAGACAAAGGAGAACCUGGAUUAGAUGGUCGUCCCGGAGAAAUGGGUCCCGUUGGGCUUCCCGGAGAACGCGGAUAUCCCGGAGAAACGGGAGCUGAUGGACCUCCAGGACGUCAAGGUGUUGCAGGACCUCCCGGAAGAGAUGGUUUAGAUGGUCCUCCAGGUCCUGAAGGACAUCCCGGAAAAGACGCCGUUAUCAUUGUCGAUCAAAUUAAGCCCGAAAAAGGAGACAAGGGAGAACGAGGUCUUCCCGGACUUCCAGGACCCAAAGGAGAUCGAGGACUUGAUGGAGCUCCCGGAUACGAUGGACCUAAAGGUGAUACGGGACCAAAAGGAGAUGCCGGAAGAGUUGGAUUGCCCGGUAUUGAUGGAAUUCCCGGAAGAAAUGGUCGAGAUGGUUUCCCCGGACCUAAGGGAGAAUUCGUUAAGGGAGAACCCGGAUUGCCUGGCAUUCAUGGCGAUAAGGGAGACAAAGGAGCUGCAGGAAGAAUUGGACCAAAGGGAGAAGCGGGACAUUGUCCGCCGCCAAAUCUUGUCUUGUCGAAGGGCGAACGAGGAGAUCGUGGCUUGAAAGGAGAACCUGGACCACGUGGUUUUGAAGGAGCUCCCGGAGAGAAGGGAGAUCGCGGAUUUGAUGGAUUGGAAGGAGCUCCUGGUGCACCAGGACCACCGGGUCCCGUUGGAGCUCGUGGUUUGAAUGGACCUCCAGGUGAAAAGGGAAAUCAAGGACCUACUGGAUUCCCCGGACCAAGAGGAAGAGACGGUUUACGAGGACCUGCAGGAAGACCCGGAGAUAAGGGCGGAAAAGGAGAGCCAGGACUUUCAAUGGUUGGCAAACCUGGACCAAAGGGAAAUAUGGGCUUGAGAGGACCUAAAGGAGAUCGUGGAUUGUCAGGAGAACGAGGAACUGACGGUUUGCCCGGACCUGUUGGAUAUCCAGGAGACAAAGGAGAUACUGGAGAGCCAGGACCUCCAGGAUUCCCUGGAUUAGAAGGACCUAAAGGAGAUGCUGGACCAAAAGGACCUCAAGGAAGAACGGGACCUCCCGGAAGACCCGGCGUUGAUGGUAUUCGAGGACAACCAGGAUCUAAGGGAGAACCUGGAUUACAAGGCUUAGUUGGUUUGCCAGGACAAAAAGGAGAUCGUGGUUAUCCAGGUCCUGAAGGUCUUAAAGGCGUUAAAGGACAAAUUGGUCAACCAGGCUCACCAGGUCUUGCUGGAAAAACUGGAGCUCCUGGAUUAACUGGCGAAAAGGGAGAAAAAGGAGACAAAGGAGAUUACGGACCUCCCGGAAAAGAUGGUUUAACAGGACCUCCAGGACCUAUUGGCAUGAAAGGAGAUCGCGGAUUCCCCGGACCUCCAGGUUUGGAUGGAUUGGAUGGCGUAACUGGCGAAAAGGGAGAUCGUGGAUUCCCUGGAUUAGUUGGUCCAAAGGGAGAACCCGGAGAAGUUUCUGAAAAGGGACAAAAGGGAGAACCUGGACCUCCUGGAUUGCGAGGAAGCGAAGGAAGACCCGGAUAUGACGGACUUCCAGGAAUGAAGGGAGAUGCAGGAUUACCCGGAUAUGGAAGACAAGGAUUGCCAGGACCUAAAGGAGACGUUGGAGAACCUGGUUUAGAUGGUAUUCCGGGAGCAAAUGGAGAAAAGGGUGAUCAAGGACCUCCUGGAUUCCCCGGAGUUAAGGGAGACAAAGGAAACGCUGGAUUGCCUGGAAUUCCAGGAUCUCCGGGUAUGGAUGGAUUACGAGGUGCUGAUGGUCUCGUUGGAGCCCCCGGACCUAAAGGAGAACGAGGUUUCAAGGGAGCCCCUGGAUUAACAGGUUUAGAAGGACCUAAAGGAGACAAGGGAGAACCUGGACCUGCUGGAUUAAUUGGUUUGAUGGGACCUAAAGGAGAUCGUGGAUUGACAGGAGACCGAGGUCUUCCAGGACCUUCGAUUGAAAUCAAAGGUGAAAAAGGAGAACCUGGAUUGAAUGGAAUUGUCGGUAUGCCUGGAUUAAUUGGAGAGCCAGGAAGAACUGGAGAACCUGGAUUCAAUGGCGAAAAGGGAGACAGAGGAAUCCCCGGACCUCGUGGAAUGCCCGGAUUAGAAGGUUUACCCGGAGAAAAAGGAGAUCAAGGUUACCCCGGAGAAAAGGGAGAAGUUGGACCUGCUAUUGUUGGCGAAAAGGGAUUGCCUGGACUGCCAGGUAAAAAUGGUCGUGAUGGUCCUAUUGGUUUGUCAGGCGAGAAGGGAGAAAAGGGAUUACCUGGUUUGCCCGGAAAUCCUGGACUUCGUGGAUCUCCUGGAUUAGUUGGAAGACAAGGAGAAAAGGGAGAUCGCGGAUUACCUGGUUUGCAAGGCGAACCUGGAAGAGACGGUUUGCCAGGACCAAUGGGAAAGAAGGGAGAAAUUGGAUAUCCAGGAGAAAAGGGAGAUCAAGGACCUCCUGGAUUCCCCGGACAACAAGGAGAAAAAGGAAACGCAGGCAUGCCAGGACCUCCAGGUCGCGAUGGAUUACCAGGAUUGAAGGGAGAUCGCGGUUUAGUUGGAGAUGUUGGUCCUGUUGGAUUCCCCGGACAAGUUGGAGAGAAAGGUGACAUGGGAUUACGCGGAUUAGACGGGCGUGAUGGACCUCCAGGAGAAAAGGGAGACAAGGGUGAACAAGGACCUCCUCCUCCGCCAUCCGAACGUGGACCUCCAGGAUUGCCUGGAUUACCUGGAGAAAAGGGAAAUCAAGGUUUGCCAGGUCCCAGCGGAGUUCCUGGAUUGGAUGGUGCUCGCGGUGACAAGGGAGAUAUUGGUCCUGUUGGUUUGCCAGGUCCUCGAGGACCUCCCGGAGAAAAGGGUGAUCUUGGAUUGCCAGGACCUCCAGGCGUUGAUGGUCGUCCCGGAUAUCCCGGAGCAAAGGGAGAAGCUGGCGCUGCUUGUACAAACGCUCCUGAUUACCUCACAGGAAUUCUCUUGGUCAAACACAGUCAAACGACGGAAGUUCCUCAAUGCGAACCGGGCCACGUGAAAUUGUGGGAUGGUUAUUCCAUGUUGUACGUCGAUGGCAACGAUUAUGCCGCCAAUCAAGAUUUGGGCUCACCCGGUUCCUGCGUUCGUCGUUUCUCGACAUUGCCAGCACUUGCUUGCGGCCCGAACAACGUUUGCAAUUAUGCGUCGCGUAACGAUCGCACAUUCUGGUUGUCAACAUCGGCGCCAAUUCCCAUGAUGCCUGUCGCUGAACGCGAAAUGCAAGACUUUAUUUCGCGUUGCGUCGUCUGCGAAGUGCCCACGAAUGUCGUUGCGGUGCACAGUCAAUCGUUAUCGGUACCUGAAUGCCCCAGCGGAUGGGAUUCCUUGUGGAUCGGCUACAGUUUCGUGAUGCAUACCGCUGUCGGGCAUGGCGGCGGCGGUCAAGCGUUGUCAGGACCCGGAUCUUGCUUGCAAGACUUCCGCGCGACACCCUUCAUCGAGUGCAAUGGCGGCAAGGGACACUGUUUCUUCUACGAAACUUUGACCAGUUUCUGGCUCGUUACGGUCGAUCACACGCAACAAUUCCGACGACCCGAAAUGGAAACCAUCAAAGCCGGUAAUUUAUUGUCUAAGGUAUCAAGAUGUAACGUUUGUAUAAGAAAUUAGGUAGAGUAACAUGUCAAAUCAGUAAUAUACCAAAAAAAAAAAAAAUAUUUCCAAUUAAAUUUUUUCUCCUUUAUCAUUUAAGUUACCAAAAAAAUAAAAAAUUUCUCCAUUUUACUAUGAAUAAAUUUAAGAGAAAAAAAUUAACUGCCAAAUCAAAACUGAUUGAAACGAAAAAAUUCUCCAUUCAAUUUAUUAUGUGAUCAUCUUUUGCCUUUAUCAUUUAGUACGUACUUUCUUGUAUAGUUAUCUAAUGUAAUAAUAAUAUUAUUAAAACUGCCUUCUAAAUAUCGUGUAGCUUAAAUUGCCAAUUAAAACAGAGAACCAGUUAAGUGCCAUUAAUUCUACUACUUUUAAGAAAUUGUCAUCCGAUUUUAUCCGAGCUAUAAAAAAAUGUAUGAAGAGAUGUGUAAAAAUUCCAAUUUUGGAUAUGCAACUGCCAUACUACAUACUCAAUCAAUGAUUAGAUGUUCAAAAUAAAAUA